CAAAAAUAAAUGAAUAUUAGAGAGAAAUUGUUGAAAGUAAAAUAAGCUGUUCCUCUAUAUAAAUUGUAAACACCUCAAGUUUUAAAGGAAGAAUAUUUAAAUGCAAAUUCAAAAAAAUGGUUGACAAAAGGGAUAGAUAUUACAGAUUACUUUAAUUAUGGAUUUAAUGAUGCUACUCUAAAAUUAUAUAUUCAAAAACUGAAUAAGUUAACUGAUCUUAAUUUAAGUAAACUGCAAAAAGAAUAUACUGCUAGAAUAACUUAAUAGAAAGCAUUAGUUUUUAAGGAUAAUAUUCCUAUUGAUUAUGGAGGUCUAGGAAUAACAUCUGUGCCAGAGUGCUUACCUGAAGAAGUAGAUUGUCAAAAAGAAUCUUUGAUUUUUUAAAGCAUAGAUUAUGAAGGAGAUUUGAUAUUUACUAAUGAAACAAUCCUUGAAAUUUUUAGAAAUUACAAAUAAUAUUUAGAAUAGCUGAUUACAAAAUGCAAUUAUUUUGAUUUUGAUUCUGUUAUGUAGUAUCCAAAAGAAGAAAAUAAAUGGUAAAAGGAAUUAGAAAAACUUUUAAGAAAGGAUAGCAAUCAACUUAUUGAUGAUUUACAAGAAAAAAAAAAAAUUAAACAUGAAAAAAAGAAAUCAAAGAAGGAAAAGAAGUAAAAAAAGGAGAAAAAAAAAAAACACAAAAAAAAAUACUCUUAAGAAGAUUCAAUUUAAAUAGUUCCAUAAUAAAUUUUAGUUAGAUAAGAUUCUCCAUCUAUUGAAUCAAAAUCAAAUAAAAUUGAAUAUGAACUAUAAAUUGAUUCUCUAUCAGAUCAUUUAAGUUAAUAACUUCAAGAAGAAAUAUAGCUUUCUUCUCCUUCUCCAAUUCCAGAAAUUCAAUAAUUAUCGUUGCCUCCACCAUAACCUUAAGAGCCGAUCAGAUAGAGAAAUCAUAAUUGGCCUAGAAAUUUAAUUCAUGGAAUUUUAUAAGGAAAUAAAAAUUAAUAAAAAAGAUGA